CCACAUGCCCCACACUCCUACCCACAUGCUCCACACUCCUACCCACAUGCCCCAAUCUCCUACCCACAUGCCCCACACUCCUACCCACAUGCCCCACACUCCUACCCACAUGCCCCACACUCCUACCCACAUGCCCCACACUCCUACCCACAUGCUCCACACUCCUACCCACAUGCCCCACUCUCCUACCCACAUGCCCCACACUCCUACCCACAUGCCCCACGCUCCUACCCACAUGCCCCACGCUCCUACCCACAUGCCCCACACUCCUAUCCACAUGCCCCACACUCCUACCCACAUGUUCCACACUCCUACCCACAUGCCCCACUCUCCUACCCACAUGCCCCACACUCCUACCCACAUGCCCCACACUCCUACCCACAUGCCCCACACUCCUACCCACAUGCCCCACACUCCUACCCACAUGCUCCACACUCCUACCCACAUGCCCCACACUCCUACCCACAUGCCCCACACCACACUCCUACCCACAUGCCCCACACUCCUACCCACAUGUUCCACACUCCUACCCACAUGCCCCACUCUCCUACCCACAUGCCCCACACUCCUACCCACAUGCCCCACACUCCUACCCACAUGCCCCACACUCCUACCCACAUGCCCCACACUCCUACCCACAUGCCCCACACUCCUACCCACAUGCUCCACACUCCUACCCACAUGCCCCACACUCCUAUCCACAUGCCCCACACUCCUACCUACAUGCCCCACACUCCUACCCACAUGCCCCACACUCCUACCCACAUGCCCCACACUCCUAUCCACAUGCCCCACACUCCUACCCACAUGCCCCACACCACACUCCUACCCACAUGCCCCACACUCCUACCCACAUGUUCCACACUCCUACCCACAUGCCCCACUCUCCUACCCACAUGCCCCACACUCCUACCCACAUGCCCCACACUCCUACCCACAUGCCCCACACUCCUACCCACAUGCCCCACACUCCUACCCACAUGCUCCACACUCCUACCCACAUGCCCCACACUCCUACCCACAUGCUCCACGCUCCUACCCCCAUGCCCGACACUCCUACCCACAUGCCCCACACUCCUACCCACAUGCCCCACACUCCUACCCACAUGCCCCACACUCCUAUCCACAUGCUCCACACUCCUACCCACAUGCCCCACACUCCUACCCACAUGCCCCACACUCCUAUCCACAUGCCCCACACUCCUACCCACAUGCCCCACACUCCUACCCACAUGCCCCACACUCCUACCCACAUGCCCCACACUCCUACCCACAUGCCCCACACUCCUACCCACAUGCCCCACACUCCUAUCCACAUGCUCCACACUCCUACCCACAUGCCCCACACUCCUACCCACAUGCCCCACACUCCUAUCCACAUGCCCCACACUCCUACCCACAUGCCCCACACUCCUACCCACAUGCCCCACACUCCUACCCACAUGCCCCACACUCCUACCCACAUGCCCCACACUCCUACCCACAUGCUCCACGCUCCUACCCCCAUGCCCGACACUCCUACCCACAUGCCCCACACUCCUACCCACAUGCCCCACACUCCUACCUACAUGCCCCACACUCCUACCCACAUGCCCCACACUCCUACCCACAUGCCCCACACUCCUACCCACAUGCUCCACGCUCCUACCCCCAUGCCCGACACUCCUACCCACAUGCCCCACACUCCUACCCACAUGCCCCACACUCCUACCCACAUGCCCCACACUCCUACCCACAUGCUCCACGCUCCUACCCCCAUGCCCGACACUCCUACCCACAUGCCCCACACUCCUACCCACAUGCCCCACACUCCUACCUACAUGCCCCACACUCCUACCCACAUGCCCCACACUCCUACCCACAUGCCCCACACUCCUACCCACAUGCCCCACACUCCUACCCACAUGCCCCACACUCCUACCCACAUGCCCCACACUCCUACCCACAUGCCCCACACUCCUACCCACAUGCUCCACGCUCCUACCCCCAUGCCCGACACUCCUACCCACAUGCCCCACACUCCUACCCACAUGCCCCACACUCCUACCCACAUGCCCCACACUCCUACCCACAUGCCCCACACUCCUACCCCCAUGCCCCACACUCCUACCCACAUGCCCCACGCUCCUACCCCCAUGCCCGACACUCCUACCCACAUGCCCCACACUCCUACCCACAUGCCCCACACUCCUACCCACAUGCCCCACACUCCUACCCACAUGCCCCACACUCCUACCCACAUGCCCCACGCUCCUACCCACAUGCCCCACGCUCCUACCCCCAUGCCCGACACUCCUACCCACAUGCCCCACACUCCUACCCACAUGCCCCACGCUCCUACCCCCAUGCCCGACACUCCUACCCACAUGCUCCACACUCCUACCCACAUGCCCCACACUCCUACCCACAUGCCCCACACUCCUAUCCACAUGCCCCACACUCCUACCCACAUGCCCCACACUCCUACCCACAUGCCCCACACUCCUACCCACAUGCCCCA